CCCCCCGCAGGCGGUUUGGCCUCAUGAAGAAAGUCAAGUGGCAGUUUGGGGAGAAGAACAACAUGAUGUUUUGAAGUAUGACAGAAGUACUGAUGCUGCAUCAGAGGCUAGGAAUAUUAAUGGCCAAAUCUAGCAAUCACAUGGUCUUCUGAAAAAGUCAUGGGUAGCUGUUGUAGCUGUCCAGAUAAAGAAAAUGUCCCAGAUAACCAUCGGAACAAAUUCAAGGUUAUUAAUGUGGAUGAUGAUGGUAAUGAAUUGGGUUCUGGUAUAAUGGAACUUACUGACACAGAACUAAUCUUGUAUACCCGUAAACGAGAUUCUGUCAAGUGGCAUUACCUUUGUCUGCGCCGGUAUGGCUAUGAUUCCAACCUGUUCUCUUUUGAAAGUGGCCGAAGAUGUCAAACUGGACCAGGAAUAUUUGCAUUCAAGUGUGCCCGGGCUGAAGAAUUAUUUAACAUGUUGCAAGAGAUCAUGCAGAAUAACAGCAUAAAUGUGGUUGAAGAGCCGGUAGUAGAAAGGAACCAGCAUCAUCAAACAGAGAUGGAAGUUCCCCGAACUCCCCGAACACCUACCACACCUGGAUUGAGUGGUCAGAGUUUACCUAAUGGGUAUCCAAGAUAUCCCUCCUAUGGAGAUGCUUCAUCCCAUCCCUCCAGCAGGCACCCCUCUGUAGGGAGUGCACGUCUUCCUUCAGUAGGUGAAGAGUCAACACAUCCUUUGCUCGUAGCAGAGGAGCAGGUCCAUACAUAUGUGAAUACCACUGGUGUACAGGAGGAAAGAAAAAACAGGCCGAGUGUGCGUACACCUCUGGAACGAAGGGUUUCUAAUGCAGAAUCAAGCAAGGCAAAGGAAGAAGAAAAUUGUUCUGAGGACGGAGAUGCCCAGGUUGUACUGGAACCUGAAGGAGUUAAAUUUAUUUUGGGCCCAACACCUGUCCAGAGACAAUUAAUGGAAAAAGAAAAACUGGAAUCAAGUGGGAACAGUACUCAAGCUAGUGGGAACAGUACUGAGACUAGUGCGAGCAGCACUCAAGCUAGUGGGAGUAGUAACAGCGAAUGGGACACUGGAUACGACAGUGAUGAACGUAAAGAAGCCUCUUCUGGUAAUAAACUAGCAUACGAAAAUGUAAAUAGAUUGUCUAUACCUAGCGCUCCAGGGCUCAGGAGAGGUCGUCUCAUAUCAUCCAGUACCUCUGAUACCCAGAAUAUCAACAAUUCAGCUCAAAGGAGAACUGCGUUGCUGAAUUAUGAAAAUUUGCCAUCUUUGCCUCCUGUUUGGGAAGCCCACAAGCUAAGUAAAGAGGAUGAUGACAGUUUAGGACCAAAGACCCCUUCUCUGAAUGGCUACCACAACAACUUAGAUCCCAUGCAUAAUUAUGUCAAUACAGAAAACGUAACAGUGCCAUCAAGUGCUCACAAAGUAGAAUAUGCAAGACGGCGGGACUGUACCCCUACGGUCUUUAAUUUUGAUAUUAGGCGUCCGAGUUCAGAACACAGGCAGCUCAACUAUAUACAGGUUGAUCUGGAAGGUGGCAGUGACUCUGAUAACCCUCAGACCCCCAAAACUCCUACCACUCCUCUUCCACAGACUCCAACUAGGCGCACAGAGCUGUAUGCUGUGAUAGACAUUGAAAGAACAGCUGCUAUGUCAAGCUUGCAGAAAGCACUGCCACGAGACGACGGUACUUCUCGGAAAACUAGACAUAACAGUACUGACUUGCCUAUGUGAGCCUGGAAAGCAUUAGUUAAAUUGUUUGCACCUUUGUGAAGUUUUUUUUUAAAUGAAUGAGUGCUCCAUUUUGAUUUUUAAAUAUCACCUUUCAUAGAUUCAAUAGAUUUUUUUCUUAAUAUUUCAUGUGCUUGUUUAACGAAAGGGAAUUUAAGGUAGAGUAUUAAAUAACACUUCUUCAUUGUACAUUUGUAGUAACAGCUUUUGGACAGCAUUGCCAUCUUUUAUAGUGCCUAUUUUAUUGACUGAGAGUUGGAUUAACGUGCCAAUUUUGACAAACCGGUCAUGUGCCUG